AUGGCACAGGCACAGGCACAGCCGUCUCCGUACUUAUUGAGCACUUUGCGCGCUGUGACAUAUCGCAUCACGACCACUCCGCCCCAUGAACUGCCACUGGUCGCGGCCCAAAUUUCCGCCUCCAUCUGGAAUUGCAGAGAUCUGAUCAGCUUGCCAUCGGAGAAGAAACAGACCCGCGAGACCGCCGAAAUCCUGAAGAGCUUCCACACUCGUCUUGGCUCUCUCCUGCAAGAAAGGAGCAUUGAAGGAAGAUGGGCGGCUGUCGUUCUCGUCAAGGCGACAAUCGAAGCGGGAGGCCUCCAAGUGCUUAGCACGUGCAACGCCUGGGUCAAAAUCCUGCUUGGCUACCUCAAAAAGCCAGACCCUCCAACCACGCGCAAUUUGGCCCUGAUCACGCUCACUCGCAUCUUCAUGCUUACAUGGGACUACGCCAAUCUGGUGCGCGACAUCACCACUCCCAGCUUGACAGCCUUGCUCCCCAUUUGUCUAUCGAAUUUGGAAAACAAGCGUUGCUCGUCGAGCGAAUUCCAGACCAUACUCGAAGCAUUUGUCACCUUAUUACCAAGGCACCCGACCAUAUUCCGAAACAACGAGGCAAGGCUACGUUCUAUCCUGGCAUCCGUAUUGUCUGGCGUCAGCUUGCACUCCGGCGCCCCACUUGCCUACUCUGCCUCUCAACAAGCCGCUGCGGAGCGCGUAUUGGUGCUGCUGCAUCAUUGUGCGCCCAAGCAGGGAAGUGGUGAGAAAUGGAUUGAUACGUGGAAGGCACACAUUCACGCCGCUCACGCCACAUGCGACAGAGUCUUUCGCGCGAUCCACGAGCAUUGGCAGUCAGGAACUGCUGUCGAGCCUUCGGCCCCUACGCAUAAAAUACUGAACGGCGAUCUUGAAUCGGAGAAUGAGGAUGCGGCCGGCCUCAAGCCUUGGAAAGGUGUAUAUGCUGGCGCACAGAGGCUAGUUGCGUUGCUCCGCAUCAUUGAAGCACAUUUGACCACCGCAACUUCUACAUCCAUCUCCGUGCCGAUUGGCAUGCUAGAAGAUCUUCUUGCCAGGAUUUUCAGUGUUGUGCCGGCAAUAGCCAAACAGGAUAGCCUCAAGCCUAACAACCAGAUAUCCAAGCAUGAACGCGAAGCCAUGUUUGCAGCCCUUCCAAGCAUUCAUGUAGCUGCCCUCCAGCUUACUGCAUCCGUCCACACCAGAUUCCAGUUAGCCGCUUCAGCUCUUACAAAUAUCACGAUCGAGCAGAUCCUGCCUGUAUUCCAGGCUCAACACGAUGACAGCGUUCGCGAGGCAGUUUUCGCCCUGGUGCAACACUUCAUCGAUCGCUCUGGUUUGUCGAUGACUCGUAAUGAAGUUUCUGACCUGUCGCCUAUCCUGAAGGCUGCCUGUCAGGAAGUCUUUCCUGCCGGUGAGCUCAAGUCCCAGUCACAGAAUGGCACAGGCGGCGUGAAGCAGCAACUAGGUCUGUCCGGCGGCCAAGUCACACAGAGUCACCCUACGCAGAGGUCUACUGUCGUAGAAUCGGCCAGAAACCUCCUCUACGCAGCCCUUCGAAAGGUUGAUGCUGCAGCGCUGUCUCCUCAGAUUCGUGCUCAGAUUGACAGAGCCGCCAUACUCACGCAAGAUCGGCAGCUUCUCAUAGCAAGCGUUAUGAAUCCGGCGAGGAAGAACAAUACCAGCCAAAGUGAAAGCAGCCUCAUGCCAUUCUUGGCUCGAGAAUUCGGCGAUUGUAUUGAGACCGAAGCCCUCCUCCGACCGCGCAUGCCUUUGAUACGGGUAGCAAAAUCAGGGUACGAAGGCGUGGACGCGGACGAAGCGGACCAUGCUUCCGAUAAUGAAGAGGAGAAUGAGGACGACGACUUUGAAGAAGCGGAGGAUGUUGACAUGGAGGCGACUCAAGAAUUUGGCAGCACUGAGAAUGAGGGAAUGCAGGAGGAAUUACCUCCGCCUGACCCGAGCUCCGAUGCAGCACAAGGUGCCGAUGAAGAUGCUUUACCAGCCGACAGCAAUACCGCCACGACUACUUCCGAUAUCAUUUCCGCAAGCAAACGCAGGGCAGACGAAAGUGCGGAUGCAGAAGCCGCAGUCAAGCGUGCGAAAACCAUGUCACCAAAGCCAGAAGUCGUCCCGGCAGUCGCUCCAGCGCCUGUGAGCUCUUCUCAAGCAAAUUUUGCAACCGCUGUGCCAGAACAGCCCGACUUUGGCGAUGAUGAUAGCGAUCUUGAGAUUCCAGCUCUCAAUCCGGAUCCGGAUACAGACCCAGAGGACGCUGCGGAGGAUAGCGAGUAG